AAUGCGCUUUUCUGUGUAAACGCACGUGUUAAAAUCGCUCACCUCGCUGGGGCUGCGUUAGGCGUCUCGACGGCGUUCUGCACAGCUGCUUCUUGCAGGAUGGCCACCAUCAACCCCCUGUUGGUGUCUCUGGACAUCAAGUCCUCCGACAGGGUCGUCUCGAUCAAGGAGAACGGGAACGUGGACUCGAAUUUCGUGAUCACGCACUUGAUUAAGCAGAUCCUGGGGGACGGGAACAGGAUGUGUUUUGUCAUUUUGCAUAACACGUUGGGGCACUACCAGAACGUGGGGAAGAGGUUGGGGUAUGAUUUUCUCAAACAGAUCGAGGAGGGGCGGAUCAGGACGAUCGAGCCGUUGAAGGACAUUGUGGAGGAUAUAGGCAACGAAACGAACUAUUUUGUGGAUGAUAAGGAGCAAGUGGUGAAGGGGUUGUUCAAGAGUAUUAAGAGCACGAUGGAGGAGUUGGUGGAGGCGGGGUCGAGUAGGGUGUACUUGGUUAUUGAUGAUAUAAGCCAUUUGUUGGAUUUAGGGAUCGAUUUAAAGUAUAUUAUAAGCUUUAUUAAUUAUUGUUUAAGCUUGAUUAACGAUGAGCGGAUUUCUGUUGUUAUUAACACACACGUUUGUAGCAAGUCGGACGAGAUUAUUUGCAAUAAUUUGAAUUACGUGUCAGAUGUUGUUAUUGAAGUCAUGCCUUUGAAAACCGGGGUGAGUAGGGAGGUCACGGGGCUUCUAAAUAUUGAAAAAUCGGGGAAGGAGCAGGUGACGCAGUUCCACUUCAAGGCGUACGAUAAGGGGAUUAAAACCUUCCAUUUAGGGGAGUCGGUUUACAAUUUAUACAAAUAGACUGAUUUUUUGUUUUGCUUUUUUAUAUUUUAUAGUGUCGCUGUUUAAGUUAAUAAAGAAUGCCAAAAGAGCGUC